CCCAUCCCGAUCCCGGCCCGGGAUGCUGCAGAUGAGGCAUCAUUCCCAUCCCCGACCCGGCUUCUCGAAGCCGACCUCAUCCUUGCGUGAUGCAGAGGGGGAAACGGAGGCAGGCCCGGUGCCAUCGCAGACUCAAUCAGGAUGCCGUGAGAACAAGUGAGAUGAUACAUAUGGCAGAGCUUCAGGAGAAAGGUCACCAGGCUUGGGGCAUGCCCAGGCUAGGAGUCAGCAUGCCAUCUCGGUGCCGUGUGUUAGCCAUGGCUUUCCUUCAGAUCUUCGUCUUUGCCGAAAACGGGGCUCUAGCCAAGAACAUCAAUUUCUACAGUGUGAAGCCUCCUCUAGACCCCACCCCGUUUCCAAACAGCUUCAAGUGCUUCACCUGCGACAGAGCAGGAGACAACUACAACUGCAACCGCUGGGCUGAGGAUAAGUGGUGUCCGCCGAGUGCCCAGUAUUGUCUGACGGUCCAUCACUUCACGAGUCAUGGGAGAAGCACUUCCGUCACCAAGAAAUGCGCUUCCAAGAGUGACUGCCAUUUUGUUGGCUGUCAGCACCACCAAGAGUCCGGGCGGACUGAGUGUAGGUCCUGCUGUGAAGGGAUGAUCUGCAACGUCGAAGUCCCGACCAACCGCACGAACGCCGUGUUGGCGAUCCUGCCCGCCCGCAGGGCGUCCUCCGGCGCAGCCAGGACUCCCGGUCUGUCCGUGCUGGCCUUGGGGCUGGCCGUCCGCUGGCUCUGACAUCACCCUGGGCCGCCAAGCCGGGACACUGCAGGACCCGGAUAGACCCAGCUCGGGGAGGUGAUUCUCCUCUGGGGACUGUGGCCAGGGCCGGGGGGAGACAGACGGUGCGGAGUACGGGUUAGUGGCUUGGCCAACCUGCUGACAAACGGCGGCAGGUGAUGGAGAGGCGGCCCUUGAAGGUUGAGAUUCGACUCUUUUGACUCCCGGCAGGAGGGAAGGGGACUCGUUCCGUGCGGGGGAUUCUGCCGCCAACCCCUCGAGUUCUCAUCUGAAGCCUCCUCUUUGCCUUUUUCGGCCGUCGGGUGUUGUCGUCGAGGCCGUCAGACACAAAGGCCAGGCCUCCCAUUACCCAGCCAUUUUGACCAUGCCAAAAUGCAGCGUGGGACAUAUUCUCCGGGCACGCAGACGUGUGGCCCAGCUACCAGUGAAGGGUCUUUGCCACGCUCUCAGCCUGCCAGGUUGCUCUGUGAAGACUGCAACCCUCGGUGCACUUACCUUUCCCCGGAAAGAAUUCCGUGUCCCAUCGAGGACCUGGAAAAGACAAGCCAUUCCUCCAUGAUGGCAGGGAUCCUAUCUACCAAAUGUUGUCUUGUAUUCUCCCAAGAGCUCUGCACUUUGUAAAUGCUCAAAUACCAUUGGUUGAUUGAUCACUGGAUCAAGUGGCAUUGUGAAAGCAUGCCGCUAGAUACCAGAUAUCAGUCCUCUAGACCGUAAGCUUUUUAUGGGCAGGGAAUGUGUCUGUUAUAUUGUUCUACUCUCCCAAGUGCUUAGUACCGUGCCCUGCACAUAGUCAGGGCUCAAUAAAUACCAUCGACUGCCAAAGCAACCCAGUGUAGUUAUGUACUGUGGAGGUGAGGGCUAAGUGGGGGCAACCAGUAUAACCAGUAAUU